AUGGGCGGAUGGAAGGGGAUCGCACAAGUCGCGCGCGACCGGCCGAGUGGUUCGGCCGGUGCCCGGGCCCAAACGUUUCCCAAAAAUCAAAUCCCCGAAAAAAAAAGGGGGAAGCGGCAGCGAGAGAAAAGAGCAAAAGCAGCCAGACCGCCCGCGCCCCCGCAACCGCCUCCUCUCGUGCCGCCGCCGCCGCCUCGGCCGGCCCGUGCUCUACCGGCGCCCGUCGGCCUCGAUCCGGCCUCGGCACCUCGAGACUCGGCAGGAGGAGCUUGCCCUCGAGUAGAACGACAGGAGGAGGGGAGCAGCAGCCGCGCCCCGUGCUCCGCCGGUGCCCGGGCGUCGACCCGUCCUUGGCAGGAGGAGCUCGAGCCGAGGACCGCGACCUCGAUCCGGACUCGGCAGGAGGAGGGAAGCAGUAGCCGCGCCAGCUGGCGGGCUGGCGCGCCUCGUCGCAACCUCCGCCUCCUCCUCCGCGACGCCGCUGAAGAUGACGAGGCCGUCGCCGCCUACGCCCUCAAGUGGCUCGGCUUCGCGCUCUACCACCCCGUACUCAUCUCCACCAUCUCAGGACAGUUGGCUCAAUCGAUAUUGGCUACUUUGGUUCGGCUGAUCAUGACCACCAAGAUGAAGGCUAUUUGUAAUCUUGCAGUCUGGUGCAUUUCUGUUCAACAAUUGGAGGCUUCGGUGGUAGAGGAUGGAUUAACUCCCUUGCUCAAUGCUAUUGUUUAUGCCCUUGACAAUCCAUUUGGUUCUUUGUCUACAACAUUUGAGGCUAUUCAGUGCAUCGAGCGGGCAGAGAGCAAGCGGGCAGCUGCGAAGAGGCAGAGAGCGAGCGGGCAGCUGCGAAGAAAAGAAAAAAGGAGAAGCGAGAGCGGGAAGGGAGAGAAAAAGACCUAGCCCGUGACCCCCGCCUCGUCUCAUGCCGCCGCCCGCCUCCUCUCUCCUCUCCUUUCUCUCUCGAUUUGAUCUGCAGGAGAGAGAGAGAGAGAGAGAGAGAGAGAAGAUAAGAGGGAGAGAGGAGGAGAGGAGUGAGAGGAAAGGAGGUGCGGUGGCAGGGAAUUCGUCGUCAGAUGCGUCCUAUAUGUGAUGGGUGUGCCCAUCCAGUCGAUGGUGGGGUUGAUGUGCCCGUCGAUUCGGUGAUCUGCCGGCUGAGCUCAUCUUCUCUAUGGUAGUCGCAGGCAUUGUAUGUGAUAGUGCAGUCGCUGAUGUACAAGAGGCGUCCGUGGUGUCAGUUCUCCAUCGUCCAUGCUUAUCUUCUAUAUGCUCUAGCAGCCAGGUGACUACAUGUUACCUUUUCUAUCAAUUCAGCUAAGCAUUAGCAGACAUGCAGUGUGCUUCUCAUUGUUCUCCGAGGAAUUUGAAUUGGAUUGAUUUCGCCUGCUUCUUAAUUUUUGGUAAUAGAGCUGUAGGAACAAGAGAAGAGAGACACAAAUCCCUUAUUGUGAUUCAUGACACCUAAGCACUGCCAGAUAUACUAUUGU